AUGUCCGCUACUCUGGCGGAUCCGUAUCGUGACUAUGCGAUUGAGUACUCUCAACAUGCGACCUGCAAACCUGAGCAACAGGAAAGUACACUUGUCUAUCAUACGCCACAGCCGCACCUCCACCAUCAUCACAAGCAGGCAGAACCAUCCUUCUCACAACCGGCUUCUCACAGCACCGCGGCAUUCGAGCAGCAUCAUGCGAGUGCGACCGUCCUCCCAGCGGCGAACCCUCAGCCAUCAGUCCAUGACAUGUCACAGACCGUUGUUCUCGGUCAUACGCCGAUGCUGCCACGACAGCUUCCCGUUCAGUAUCCUCCCCCCAGUUUCGAGAUCCCUCCACUUCAACGUGGCAAGAAACGGCCUCAUUCAGAAACCGAUGGAGAGGAGGCAGACCAUGGUCUUAGACCUCAAUUAUCCGUCAUCCCUGCCGAGGGCCCGGCGGAGCACGGUCACUCCCCCGAAAUGCUCUUCUCGGUCCAUGGGGCUUCGUCCCAGCAGCAUUCAAUGCCAGGGCACGGCUAUGGGCAUGCAGACCCCGUUGCGAUGCCGCAACAUCACCACCACCAUCGCCUCCCGCCCCAUGCGGCGCUGCGAACCCCUGGCCGACAUGGUGUGAAUGUGGAGGCGUCGCCUAUGCCGUCGGGUCCUCCGAGUGUCGUAGGCCAGCCCGGGAUGCCUGAACCGGCUCCCAGGCCACGAGGCCCGAAACUAAAGUUCACACCCGAGGAAGACGCUCUACUGGUAGAUUUAAAAGAGAACAAAAACCUUACUUGGAAGCAAAUCGCGGACUUCUUUCCCGGCCGAACGAGUGGCACCUUGCAGGUUCGAUACUGCACCAAAUUGAAGGCGAAGGAUGUGACCUGGAGCGACGAAAUGGUGCAAAGACUGCAGCGUGCCCUUCAAGAAUACGAGAACGAUCGCUGGCGAAUCAUUGCAGGGAAGGUUGGCAAUGGCUUUACACCAGCCGCUUGUCGCGAGAAAGCGACGCAGCUUCAAUGA